CGAGCUUUUCUGCCCAGCAGCACGAUGCGCUGAACGCAACACUCCAUUGCGCGUCACCAUGGCAGCAAACGGGAGCCCCGAGCGGCGUCGCAGGAGCAUGGGCAUGUACCGGCGCGAGUCCAACAUGAGCGAAGCCGCCAGCUUCAUGGAAGACGUCGAGAUGGCGCAGGACGAGAUCUUCGCCGGGCCGGGAAUGAGCGAGAGCGUCCCCACGAGCGUGUCCGCGUUCUCGCACCGCAGACGAGAGCGCGCCGACAGCUCCGCCAGUCUGACGUCGUUUGCAUACUACGACGAGGAGCAGGACAGCGACCAGGAUUUCGAAGAGGAGGCAAUUGCCGAGGUCGACGACGACGAGAUCGACGACGGCGAGGUCGAUGACGAGGUCGAGUAUGACGGGUACACGGCGGAGGAGCUCGAGGACAUGGAUCGCGAUCUGGAGUCUGGGCUGCGCACGGAGCCGUCCCCGUUGCGGAGGAAGUCGAGCGGGAGCAGG